GAAAUAUGCUCGUGGACUUCUUCCAGUUUGCGUUUAAGGAGAUAUUAAGUGCGUUCCACUCCAGCAGAGAAUAAUGUACCGCUCCGGAAGUUUAGCUGCAGCGGCAAAAGUUUGUGACUCCUGCCUCCGCUAUGCAAGCACGGAAACCCUUUCAACGCCGAUUCGCACAAAACCUCGACUACAUAGAAAGCUGUAUUACCUGACGCGUCGUGAGGAGCACGAGGAAGGGCUGCGCGAUUUUCUUCCCCCAAAACCUUUGCUUCCGGCUGGUUGGAGGAUUCAACACCAAACCGGCUUAAACCGUUUUGACUUAAUGAAAAACGUUGAAAUUCGACAAUGUGGUACCGAAGAAAUGCACAUCAUCACUCUCGUAGAGGCAAAAGAAUAUGAAGGCACUUACCGCAUGGACACCGGUGAGCGCGAGGAGCAAGAGUACCUUAACUUCGGCUUAUUUAUGCGAAAGCAGCGGUAUCCAAAAGGUGGGCUGGAGUUUAGCCUCACUUCUAUCGAUAUGGAGCUUGUUAUGGACGCGCUCAUCGUUCACCCCACAAAUGAGGCGUUUGAGACGGCGAAAAUGUGUUAUGAGAGAGAUGUUGUUUUGCGAAAGAACGCAGCUGGUCCAAAAUCGACCGGCGAGGCGCAGCGGAUGCGACGAUCAAAGUACGGUGGUCCAAUGUUGAACGAGCUCGAUGACGACUUGUCAGACGAAAUAUUAGACUAUCUGGACGAACGUGGUGUCAACAACGCGUUUGCGGAGUACAUCAUGGCACAGGCGCACUAUUACGAGCAAGAGGAGUAUUUGAAUUGGCUGCGUCUUUUGCGUAAAUUUUCUGAUUGA